CAAAUUAAAAAAUAAAACAAAAAAGGGAAAAAAAAAAAAAGGAAAAGAAAAGAAGAACCCUAAUGAAUGUCUCUUCAACUUCAUUAUUUUCAUCUCAUCUGCGGGAACAUAAUCCUUCAACAAAUUUCUGCGCUUGAUUGCUCUCUCACCGAUUUGAGAGUUCCAAUCCCUAACAUAAAUUUUGCUUCUUUUUCUCAGUGAACAAAAUUUCCCCUUCGCUACUGCAGCUGCAACUUUUUAGGGUAUCUAUGAUAUCUGGGUAUUCGUAUUUAUAUUUAUGGUAGCUGUGGAAACUAAUCGCGUGAUGGAAAGGGAACGAACCCGCAAACGCCCUCGUCUCGCGUGGGACGUGCCUCCACCACCACCACCAUCCCAGCAGGCUGAAAGGGGUGUGGUUGAUGAAGGAAUCGAAAAGAGGCACGCCUCGCCUCCAAGAAGGGACGACGAUCGUGAAGGCCAUUAUGUCUUCAAUCUUGGCGAAAAUCUCACUCCUAGAUAUAAAAUCCUCAGCAAGAUGGGUGAAGGCACAUUUGGUCGAGUUUUGGAAUGUUGGGAUCGCCAAGCCAGAGAAUACGUUGCUGUCAAGGUAAUUAGGAGCAUUAGGAAAUACCGCGAAGCAGCAAUGCUUGAAAUUGAUGUGCUUCAACGUCUGUCUAAGGGUGAAAUAGGAAUCUCACGCUGUGUGCAGAUCCGGAAUUGGUUUGAUUACCGAAAUCACAUAUGCAUUGUCUUUGAGAAGCUUGGACCAAGCUUAUUUGAUUUUCUAAAGAGAAAUAAAUACUGCCCAUUCCCUGUGGACCUUGUUCGGGAAUUUGGACGACAGCUUUUGGAAUCUGUAGCAUAUAUGCAUGAUCUACAUCUAAUCCACACUGACCUGAAGCCAGAAAAUAUACUUCUUAUUUCUUCUGAAUAUGUAAAGCUCCCUACCCGUAAGAGGAUUACCUCAGGUGAAAUGCAAUUCAGAUGCUUGCCCAAGUCUAGUGCCAUUAAGCUGAUUGAUUUUGGUAGUACUGCUUUUGAUCAUCAGAUUCAUAACUCCAUUGUUUCUACAAGGCAUUACAGAGCCCCUGAGAUCAUUCUAGGUAUAGGGUGGUCCUACCCUUGUGAUUUGUGGAGUGUCGGUUGUAUUCUUAUCGAACUAUUAACGGGUGAAGCAUUGUUUCAAACUCAUGAAAACUUGGAACACCUGGCAAUGAUGGAGAGAGUGCUGGGACCUAUACCCGAACACAUGGUCCGAAGGUCUACUCGAGGAGCAGAGAAAUAUUUCAGGCGUGGAGCAAGACUAAAUUGGCCUGAAGGAGCUGUUUCAAGGGAAAGCAUCCGUGCUGUUAAGAAGCUCGAUCUUCUUGAGGAUAUUGUAUCAAGCCGUGUGGAUUCUUCAAGAUCAUCUUUAACGGAUUUGUUACAUGGCUUAUUGACUUAUGAUCCGAAUGAACGACUAACAGCUCGACAAGCCCUUGAUCAUCCCUUCUUUAGAAAUUCAACUUAAGAGAAUCCCAACUUGACAUGUACUAUGCUUUGGAAUUAUGAAUAACAUCUUGAAGAUUGUAUGCUGCUCAACAACAACUUAGUUUUGCAUGUAUCGAUCAAUCAUUCAAUUUUGUUGUUUUCAA